AGGGCAAUAGUUGAUUGGUUAACUCAUGACAGAAAUUUUCAAUUUAUUACAGGAUUUCUUACGAAGACUUCUGUGAACAUUUUAAUGAGGUUACAAUAUGUACUGUUGGUCCAGACUUUGACGGCGAUGGCGUUGCAGACAUUGUCGAAAACCAAGGAGAAAAGUAUUACCUGAAAACGUUGCGAGGUGCCUGGAUUAAAGGUGUCAAUGCUGGAGGCUGUAGAAAUAAUAUUGACAAAUUUGUGACAAAUCCACAAUUUGUCAUUACGCUGACAGAGCCAGAUGACUGGAAUCCAGAAACUGAUGAGAUUGAAGAACAGGGUAAAUGUUCCAUAGUGGUUGCUCUGAUGCAAGAAUAUAGACGAAAACACAAACAUUUAGCAAAUAAAUAUCACCAAAUUGGAUUCAUUCUUUAUAAGACUGACAAUCCCAAUGAACGAUUAACAAAAGAACAUUUCAUGUACAACUACGCUACAGCAAAGUCAGGUGUUUAUAUUAAUUAUCGUGAAGUAAAUAAACGACUCUCAUUGGAUCCUGGGCAUUAUGUAUUGAUUCCAUCGACCUUUGACCCAGAUUGUGUUGCUUCAUUCCUUAUAAGGAUAUUUGCUGAAAAACGAUUUGAUUGCAAACAAAUAUAGACAGACUGAUGUGAAGCUGAUGAAAAUAAGCAUUCAGUGAUUCUACAACAGGAAGAUCUAAUAAGCAUUUAGUGAUUCUACAACAGGAAGAUCUAAUAAGCAUUCAGUGAUUCUACAACAGGAAGAUCUAAUAAGCAUUCAGUGAUUCUACAACAGGAAGAUCUAAUAAGCAUUCAGUGAUUCUACAACAGGAAGAUCUAAUAAGCAUUCAGUGAUUCUACAACAGGAAGAUCUAAUAAGCAUUCAGUGAUUCUACAACAGGAAGAUCUAAUAAGCAUUCAGUGAUUCUACAACAGGAAGAUCUAAUAAGCAUUCAGUGAUUCUACAACAGGAAGAUCUAAUAAGCAUUCAGUGAUUCUACAACAGGAAGAUCUAAUAA